CUGAGAAUGAGAUGGGCGUCCAUCUUGAAUUUCACUGAAUUUGUGCCGGUUAUGUGAUAAAAGUGCAACUUGUUUAGUGAACUUUAAGUAAAUUAUUACUUUUUAGAAUAUUUAUAUACGCUUCAACUAUUUAUUUUUGAAUAAAGUCUUAGGAUUACUGCAAUUAUGUGUUAGUAUCUUUACUCAAGACAUAUGCGAUUUCCGGUAAGAGUGUCGUCGAAAAAUCCCUAGGUUGGCAUACACACAAUAUGAUGGCAGUGCCUAGUAGAGCUCGGGUAUAUGCCGAUGUUAAUUCACAAAAACCUAGAGAGUACUGGGACUAUGAGAGCUAUGUGGUAGAUUGGGGUAAUCAAGAAGACUAUCAAUUAGUACGAAAGCUUGGGCGUGGAAAGUACAGUGAAGUAUUUGAGGCAAUAAAUACCACAAAUAAUGAAAAAUGUGUAGUCAAAAUAUUGAAGCCUGUAAAAAAGAAGAAAAUAAGGAGAGAAAUAAAAAUAUUAGAAAAUUUAAGAGGAGGCACAAAUAUUAUAACAUUACAAGCUGUAGUAAAAGAUCCCGUGUCACGUACACCGGCAUUAAUAUUUGAACAUGUUAACAAUACUGACUUUAAGCAAUUAUAUUCAACACUUUCAGAUUAUGAUAUAAGGUAUUAUUUAUAUGAACUUUUGAAGGCAUUAGAUUACUGCCACAGUAUGGGCAUUAUGCACAGAGAUGUCAAACCUCACAAUGUGAUGAUUGAUCAUGAUAACAGAAAGUUGCGACUUAUUGAUUGGGGCUUAGCCGAGUUUUAUCAUCCAGGUCAAGAAUACAAUGUCCGCGUAGCAUCAAGGUACUUUAAGGGGCCUGAACUUCUUGUUGAUUAUCAAAUGUAUGAUUAUUCAUUAGACAUGUGGUCAUUAGGAUGCAUGCUAGCAUCAAUGAUCUUCCGUAAAGAGCCUUUCUUCCAUGGUCAUGAUAAUUACGACCAACUUGUCAGGAUUGCUAAAGUGCUGGGCACUGAAGAUCUCUUUGAAUAUUUGGAUAAGUACCAUAUAGAAUUGGAUCCACGGUACAAUGAUAUACUUGGAAGGCAUUCUCGUAAAAGGUGGGAUCGCUUUGUACAUUCUGAAAAUCAGCACUUGGUGUCUCCUGAAGCGUUAGAUUUCCUUGAUCGUCUAUUGCGUUAUGACCACUAUGAGCGCUACACUGCUCGUGAAGCUAUGGAUCAUCCAUACUUCUAUCCAAUUGUGAAGGAGCAAGGUCGGAUGGCAUCUUCUAAUUCACCAACACCGAAUGCAUUGCAAGGAACUAUUAACGCAACUGAGUAAUUGUUUUCCAAAUAAUAAUGCUCUAUAUAACAGUUUGUAAUGCAAUAUUAAAUAUUCACUGUACAAGAUUCCGCAAGAAGAGAUGUAAAUGCACCUGAGAAGAAAUAAGGAGACUGCGAUCGUUAUAGAAAAACAAUACUAAAUGAUUCCAAGUCCAUAAUACGAGUAAUUUGGAAAGACAAUAUUAUGUUAGUGUUAAAUGUUAGUUAAUUCUUAUUAUUUGUUUUCAAAGUGUUUCAUCUCUAGUACAAAAUCAACAAUAUUAUGCAAGGCAUUUGAAUUCAUUAACUGAGCCACCAUUUUGAGUUUGAUAAAGUAAUUGUAAUAGAAAUUUUUAAAGUUUCUCUCUUUUUUUAUUAUUAAUUAUGAAUUAAAAGUGGAUUAUUGUCAAGUAAAUGUGGACGAGAUUGAUUGCACUUGGUCUUGCAUUUAUUAACCUAUGGAUUGUAAUUACUUGUAUAAUACCGAGACAUCCAUUCAACAUACCGGUUGGUUAUUACAUAAAUUUUGUUGAAACUUGAAUUAAAAUUUUGUAUUUAUUUAAUGAAACUGUAGAUAUGUGAUAUAAAUACAAAAUUUUAAUGUGUACAAUUAUCUUUCAUUGCGUCUUUCUUAAGGACUACCAGUAAUAUUAAUUAGGUAAUGUAAAAAUAACAUUGCUUAUUAGUAUAUUAUAUUUUGGAUAAGUUAUGUUAGUUGGUCCCUAUAAAUAUAAUAUAGUUAAAUUGAGUUGGUCUUCAGUAAAAGGUGAGCCUCAUUCAUUUAUAAUUUAUUUUAAGUGUGAUAACUUCAAGUUGUUGCAUCUAAAUUUUCUUAAUAAACAAACUAACUUUGCCUGGUA